AUGAAAGGUCAGGUCCGAUUACUUCGUUGCAUUUUACUGCUUGACACAUUUGAUGCCCCUGCAAAGUGCCUGUUUCAAGAAUUUUGCCAGUUUAAUGCUUUUCAUGGUUGUCCCUACUGGUUGAUCCCUGGUGAAACUGUCCAAACAAGCAGCAAAGGUCAUACUCAUGCCUAUUCUUAUGGUUACAGUAAUCUUAGGACUGGUCAUGGUGAACAAAGGACACAUAAACAGACACUGAAGUUUGCUGCUGAAGCUACAAAGAAAAGUGCACAAAGUGGUACACAGGGUAGCUAGUGUCAAAGGUGUUAAGGAUACUCUUGGUUUAUGUUUGUCCCAAAGUCUGACAUAAUAAGAGGAGUAGCCAUUGACUACAUGCACAGCACACUGCUCGGUCAUGUAAAAAUGUUGCUCACUCUUUGGAGUGACAAAUCAUACAAAGGAGAGCCAUGA